CUAAACAUCACACACCCAGCCUUGGCUGUGCAUCACAACAUGGCAACCAGCAUCGAUCAGCCUGCCGAGAGUGAGCAUACCAAGCUGACUCUUGAGACUCUACCCCCUGAGAUCAAGAACGAGAUCUUCUCCAAUCUUCUGCUCGGCGCCAAAGUCAAGUAUUCGACCAAUGGAGCGUGGCCAGGUUACAAGUACAGAUUCCACACUACCAUCAUGCGUGUCAGCAAGCAGAUGAAGCGGGAUGCUACCGCCUAUCUGCACAGCCAGAACGAGUUUGCCCUGAUCAGCUCCAAGUUCUUCGCCUUCGAGAUCAGCAGAAAGCGCUUCCUGCCCACCGUCGCCACGGGCAAAGCUGCGAGAACCUUCAAGGACCCUGCUAUCGAAGCAACCAUCACUCAUGUUGGGCCGACUAAAUGCAGUUGUUGCCCUGUUGGUGUUCACCUGGCCAAGGAUAGAGCGACCCAUGCUUUGUUUUUGCUGGUCGAUCUCGAACACCUAACGCGAGAACUGCGUUUGACCUAUCACAUGUGGCCUUCUAAGCCCAUCUACAUCAUCUCCGGACCCAAGGAUUUGCCCGUCGAACAUGUUCCAGUCAACGUCGACACUCAGAUCAAGCUUGUAUGGAAAAUUCACCCUGCCCAGCGUCAAGACUUGUCGGUUGCUGAGCGAAGAGCCAGACAGACCCGAUUGCUUGCCCCUCUCAAAUUUCCCACUGGUAUGGGCAAAACAAUCUCCGUCCUUGGUGUAGACAAAGAUAUUGCUCGCAAGAUUACCGAUCAGCACAUGCCACGUCUUCUGUCUGUCGAUGCCGUCGGAUGGGACCUCUACAAUCUCCUCCAGGGUCANAAAAAGCACCUCGACAACACCUUAUCACAAGGCGCGCCUUGCCUUCCUGCUCUCGUUCACUCUUACACCGAUCUUGCCUGCGCCGGUUGGCAACUGAACAUCGCGGGUCAAUGGUACAAUGCUUCUGUCACCAGACAUGUCAAUAUACAUGGAAUACUGACUAGCUUAUGUCUGUUGCCUUUCGAGAAGCUCGAAGAAGAAGAUUAUCAAGCAAAAAUUCCAGACUCGUGGCAGAUGGCUGUACUGUGCUUGGUGCUUGACUGCCUGUACACAGUCAUGAGACUCGGACUCGAGGAUAAGACUUUUCCCCAUCUGAAAAGCUGCUAUGACACUAUUCUGGAUUUGCACGACUACUCGCUUCGCGGUAUCAACCACCAUCUGUUUCCCGCUCGUCUUAGAGCCUUGCAGAGUCAUUGGACCGCUUGGUUCACGAUGCAUGAGAGUUCGCGUCCAUCUGCGGACUCCAUCGUGCUGAGCCACACAAUGCUAGAAACGGCAAGAAAACGUAUCCAUGCGGAUGAACAAGAUGAUGUAUGGCAAUUCCUUACUGAGGACUGGGAGUUCUUGAGCAGAGUCCUUGCGGGCCAAGACCAACCCUUCGAAGCUGCCUUCAGUCGCUUCUCAGCCCCUCGUGCCAACUUCCAGGGCUUGCUCAACCGUCCGCCCCUUCACAAUACCCCUGUCCGACCUACGCCGCCUCAUGAACACUUCCAGGGUUGGGAAACCAAGCCGAAAUUUCCUAAAGCCGAACUGGCUACCCACAUCGUAAAGUUUGCCGACGACUUUGCUAAGCUCAAGCCCGAAGACAGGACCCAGGACUGGAAUGACGAUGCGCUUGAUCACGGACAUGUUGCUUUCGCUUUCCUGAACCUUUCUCGCGAGCACGAAGAAGAAGUUCCCAAUAUCCCUCCAGGUUUCCCUGCAGGUCUGCCUAUGGUGGCCGAGGUUGGAGGAAUACUCCACAUGUUCCCUGCCGGUAGUCCCCCUCCAUUCGAUCUGUUCGGUCUACCUGGUGGUACUCAUCCUUGA